AUGAAGAAGGGCGCUAGCUGGCUUCCGAAUGUAGCUUCCAAAGCGAAGGCUGAUUCCUGGAAAAAGUUCGGUGACGCGUUGGAGUCGUAUUUUCAGGCGGCCAACAAGUGUCUGUACUCCUUCGAAACCGGCGGCAAUUUGGCUUUGGCCCUUUCGGUGGCGGCUUCGGCCCAUUCGGUGGCUUUGAUCCCUUCUUUGGAGGCGGGAUGUGGGGCGAUCCGUUCAUGGGCGGAAUGGGCAUGGGCUUGGGCAUGCCCUUCGGAAUCUGGUAGCUAG